AACCCUCGGGAGUGCUGGGCUGCGGCCGCGCUCAUCGCCAUGGAGAAGUACAAAGCUCUCGAGCAGCUGCUCACAGAACUUGAAGAUUUUCUGAGGAUACUGGACAAGGAGAACUUGAGCAGCACUGCUUUGGUGAAGAAGAGCUUCCUCUCUGACCUUCUGAAAGUCUACACCAAGUCCAGUGGUGGUGAUGAGGAGUAUAUUUAUAUGAACAAAGUGACAGUCCAUAAACAGCAGGACGACCAAGAGAAACAAGACAAAGUGCUGGAUCAGAAGAGCUCCCUGACCAAUGGAGACUCAGGACUGCAUUUGUUACCUCCUCAGAAGAGCCUGCCAGACCUCCCCCCUCCAAAGAUUCUCGAAACAAAACAACCUGCAGUCCCCAAGAUUGAAUCUCCAGAGGGAUAUUAUGAAGAGGCUGAGCCCUAUGACGUCUCUGUAAAUGAAGAUGGUGAAGCCGUUAGUAGUUCCUAUGAAUCUUACGAUGAGGAAGAGAGCAGCAAAGGCAAGUCAGCAACCCAUCAGUGGCCAUCCCCAGAGGCCACCAUUGAGCUGAUGAAGGAUGCCCGCAUCUGUGCCUUCCUGUGGAGAAAGAAGUGGCUGGGACAGUGGGCAAAACAGCUGUGUGUUAUCAAGGACACCAGGUUGCUGUGCUACAAGAGCUCCAAAGACCACAACCCCCAGCUCGACGUGAAUUUGCUGGGCUGCACUGUCAUUCACAAGGAAAAGCAAGUGAGGAAGAAAGAGCACAAGCUGAAGAUCAUCCCCACGAACGCUGAUGUCAUCGUGCUGGGGCUGCAGAGCAAAGACCAGGCAGAACAGUGGCUCAGGGUAAUCCAAGAGACCAGUGGUCUGCUUUGUGAAGGAGGCAGUGAAGGCAACCAGUACAUCCCAGACUCACAGCGUCUCGGUUACCCAAAGGUGGAGGUGUCUGAGAGAUACUCUGCAGCCUCCGAGAGCGGGAGCAGCACCGAUGGCCACAUGGAGACAGCCGAGACAAAAGAUGUUAAGAAGAAGGGCACAACUGGCCUGAAACUGAGCAACCUGAUGAACCUCGGGAGGAAGAAGUCCAGCUCCCUGGAUAGCCCAGAGAGAUCCCUGGAGACUUCAAGUUACCUGAACGUGCUGGUGAACAGCCAGUGGAAGUCCCGGUGGUGUCAGAUAAAAGAUGGACACCUCCAUUUCUACCAGGACAAGAACCGAAGCAAACUGGCUCAGCAGCCCCUGAGCUUGGCAGGCUGUGAAAUCAUCCCAGAGCCGAGCCCUGACCAUCUUUACUCCUUCCGCAUCCUGCACAACGGCGAGGAACGGGUUGUUUUGGAGGCAAAGUCCUCAGAGGAAAUGGGCCACUGGCUGGGCCUCCUCUUGUCGGAGUCAGGCUCGAAAACAGACCCAGAGGAAUUUACCUACGAUUACGUGGAUGCUGACAGGGUUUCCUGCAUUGUGAGCGCUGCGAAAAAUUCCUUCUUCCUAAUGCAGAGGAAAUACUCUGAACCCAACGCCUACAUCGACAACCUGCCCAAGGGCAGGCUGCAGCAGGACGAGCUGUACGACGAUGUGGAUCUGCCGGACAUGCCUGUGGAAGAACUACCCAAGAGUGAGAGCAAAUUGGAGGCGGACCAAGACAGAGUGUAUCUGGAUCUCACCCCAGUGAAGACCUUACUACACUGUGCUGGCAAGAUGUCAUGCCAGUCUUCACCCCUCAGCUCACCCUCUCUAGAAAGGGCUGCCAGCAAGGCUGCCCCAGAGAGCACAGCUGAGACAGCCCCUGUGGCUAAGGAAGCUGAGCCCUGUACUAAGGCAGCAGAGACCUCGGAGCAGAAACACCCAGAGAAGCCAGAGCCUGAGGAGGUUCUGCCACGAGUGCCUGCUGUCAAAAUCCAGACCCAGCAGCAGAACACUGCCUUCCCCCAGGUGGGCCUCGAGGUGCCAGCGGGCACAGUUCCAGCAGGCAGUCCCCAGCUGGUGCCUGCACACCGGCCCAAGAUGCCACUGCCAGCAGCAGCAGUGGAAACCAAGCUGGGCAAGAACAGGACAGAGGCAGAGGUGAAACGGUUCACAGAGGAGAAGGAACGGCUGGAGAAGGAGAAGGAUGAAAUCCGAGCUCAGCUCACCCAGCUGCGCAAGGAGAGGCGGGAACUGAAGGAGAUGCUUGGUGGCAGCACAGACAAGAGCCUGGAGCAGAGGCUGAAGGAGAUAGAUGAAGAAUGCAAAAGGAAGGAAAGCCAGAGGGUGGACCUGGAGCUGAGCCUGGUGGAGGUGAAAGAGAACCUGAAGAAGGCAGAGUCUGGCCCAGUGACCCUGGGCACGGCCGUGGAUACCACCCAUCUGGAGAACGCAGCCCCACGGGUUCAGGCAAAAAGUGCCAGUCCAGCAAACAGUGCAGAGAACUCCCCAGUCAAUUCAGCAACGGCUUUAAAAAACCGGCCUUUAUCUGUUAUGGUCACAGGGAAGGGAACAGUCCUACAGAAAGCUAAGGAAUGGGAGAAAAAGGGAGCUAGUUAGAAGCACAUUGUUCAGAAAUGGACUAAAGACUCGAAUUGCCCACGCAUGGCCCAGGGGAUUCAACCAUCUGUCUGUGGAGGUUGGGUGUUCAACACCACCACACACCAAGUGCCUCCUCCACGUCACACCCACGGCUCAGAUGCAGCACUGGAGUCAACAGCUGCUGAUACGAGUUAUCCCAAAAGAACUUGCUCUUUCCAGACAAAUCCCAAUCUUGUAGCUAAAACAAUAACAACCAGUGGCAAUCCUUCCAUCAAAGUCCUAACCCAGCUGAUGUAAACAAGAAUGUUACUGUACAUAGGGGUGUUUUGUGUAUUUCUACUCUGAAGGUUUAUCAAUGAGUUAUUAAGGUUUCUAUAUUAGUGACUGUAGUGGAUUCAGAAGGGACCUCUACUAUUCCUCAGCCUGGUAAGUUUGUACCUGUCCUGAUAAAUUGGAGUCAACUAAAGUCUCACCUGUCUUGCUGCCAGUUGUCACUCAGCUGCAUUUCAUCCAGCCUCCAGUCAAGGGCUAUCCCCACAAGUGAGCAAUACUUCAAACAUGAAUGAGAAGCACACAGCAGCCUGUCCAGGGCAUUUUUAAUCAGUGUCCUGAUGCAUUCUAACAUUUCCUACCAGCUGCAGCUUUGCUAGAAUAUUGAGCUGCUCACCUUCUCAUGCUGUAAGCUGUGCUACAGACUGGCAGCACCAAGAGCUCUAGGUA